GCCUUUUAACUGCUGGAAUUACAGGCAUGCACCAUCUCGCCCUGCCCGAGUCUUUUCUUUGUAUUUCUUUCCUGGAUAUGGGUGACAAUUACAUGAGUAUUUGUAAUAAUUUAUUAAACUGUACACAUUUCAUAUGUUUUUCUGUAUGUUUUAUUUUACAUUGACAAAAGUCUUUAGUUUCUUACAUCCUCCCAUAUAGCAACAGAAAAUUGUAGAUCAAAGACUUUAAUACAGAAAGCAAAACCAUAAGCUACUGGAAGAAAACAGAUAAAUAUACAUGUCAAAUACCUCCAAGACCACCCCACAGGUUCAGUAAUUCUCCAGGAAGACUCACAGUGCUCAGCUGCUCCUGUAGCAAUACCUGGGAAAAUACCUUUUCCCAGGCAUAUGGGGUGAGGUCUAGGGAAAACCAGGUGCAAGCUUCCAAGAAUCAUCUCCUGCUAGAGUCACACAGGACUGACUUUUAACUCCUGUAGCAACAGGUUUUGACAAAAAAUGUGAAAUGUUUUCAACCAGUGAUACCCAUUAGAGACUUAGGGCCCAAAGUUUUUAUUUGGAGCUAGUCAUGUUGGCACCUUUGCCUAAAAUGUACCAAAAUCCUUCCAGAAGGAAAGCUAAUGUUCAGCAUAAAGCAUAUUGUUUGUACAAAUGGUUCAGCAUACUGAGCCACUCUUAGCAGUUCUGGGAGUGGGGAGACCUGUCCUCAAAUCCAGCGUCCCAGAUGGCAGCCUCAGGUUUGCUAUGUUAACUCUUUCUGUACAGUGUAAUAUUUUUUGUAAUCUUGCAAUGUAGAAGGCCUUCUAAGCAUCACUAGGAAACUAAAAAAGAAAGGAAUAGUGAUUUAACUGUAUUAAAAAAACUUAGAUAUGGAAAAGAAAAAAAGGUGCUAUUGAGAGUAAGAAGGCAAAUUAGGAAAAAGUAUUUGUAACAUAUAAGAGGAAAAGUGAAGAUUUUUUCCUAACAUAAAAAUUCUUACAAAUCAGCAACUAAGCUGGGCAUAGUGGUGCACACCUGUAAUCCUCGUGCUCUGGAGACUGAGGCAGAAAGAGGGUAAGUUGAGACUUACCUGGGCUACAAUGCAACAUCCUAUCUCAAAAAAAAAAAAAUCAAACAACGAAAACAAAUCAGAAAGUAGUAGAGCACUUGAGGCCCUGGGUUCAAUUCCCAGCACUGCAAAAUAAAAACAAGUCAAUAACUAAAAGGAAUAAUGGGGUAAUUUGCUAAUGAAGAUAUUUAAAGUGACACCUAAAUGCUUGAAAAGAUACUUUACCUCAGUAGGAAAAACAGAUAAAAGUAAGAACAUCUGUCAUACACCUGUCAUAUUCAGCUAGGAUUGAUGAAAUACAAUCUUCAUAACAUUGAUUACUUAGUAUAGGAGAAGGGAUCAAGAAAUUGGUACUAUGUACAGAUAUAUGCAUCUAGUGGCAUAAAUAGCCUUUUUGAAGGGCAUUUUUCCAAAAUCAGUUUAACUAGGUGACAUUUCUACCCUUUGACUCAACAGGUCCAUUUCUACGAUUUUAGCUUACAGAAACCCAUAUGUGCAGACCAGAUACAAAUGGAUAAUGGUGUUCUUUGAAGUGUUAUUUAGAUCAGCUUGAACGGGUCUUUUUACGACUUGGCCAUGCUGAAACAGAUGAACAGUUACAAAAUAUUAUAUCUAAAUUCCUUCCUCCUGUUUUGCUCAAACUGUCCAGCACCCAAGAAGGAGUACGGAAAAAGGUAAUGGAACUGCUGGUCCAUUUGAAUAAGCGUAUAAAGAGCCGCCCCAAAAUACAACUCCCAGUAGAGACACUGCUGGUUCAGUACCAGGACCCUGCUGCAGUUUCCUUUGUCACAAAUUUUACUAUAAUUUAUGUUAAAAUGGGCUAUCCUCGCCUGCCAGUGGAAAAACAAUGUGAAUUGGCCCCUACGCUUCUUACUGCCAUGGAAGGGAAGCCUCAGCCACAGCAGGAUAGCUUAAUGCAUCUUUUAAUACCAACCCUUUUUCACAUGAAAUACCCUGUCGAAUCAUCAAAAUCAGCUUCUCCGUUUAAUCUUGCUGAGAAACCAAAGACUGUGCAGCUGCUUUUGGACUUCAUGCUAGAUGUCCUUUUGAUGCCUUAUGGAUAUGUGUUAAAUGAAUCCCAGAGUCGCCAAAAUACAUCUUCAGCACAGGGUUCUUCUUCAAACAGUGGGGGAGGUUCUGGAAUCCCACAGCCUCCUCCAGGAAUGAGCUUUUAUGCAGCUAAGCGAGUGAUUGGUGAUAACCCCUGGACCCCUGAACAGUUGGAACAGUGCAAAUUGGGCAUUGUGAAAUUCUUAGAAGCGGAACAGGUGCCUGAACUCGAAGCUGUUCUCCACCUGGUGAUUGCUUCUAGUGACACACGCCAUAGUGUGGCAACAGCGGCAGACCUGGAAUUGAAAAGCAAGCAAAGCUUAAUCGACUGGAAUAAUCCUGCCAUCAUUAAUAAGAUGUACAAGGUAUACCUUGGAGAUAUCCCACUGAAGACAAAAGAGGGAGCAGUUCUGAAACCAGAGCUGAAAAGAGACCCUGUCAGCACCAGAGUCAAGUUAAAGAUUGUCCCUCAUCUCCUUCGUUCUAGACAAGCUGCUGAAACCUUCCCAGCUAACAUUCAGGUGGUGUAUGAUGGACUAUUUGGUACAAAUACAAAUUCAAAACUAAGAACAUUAUCCCUGCAGUUUGUACACCACAUUUGUAUAACCUGUCCAGAAAUCAAGAUUAAGCCAUUAGGUCCAAUGCUGUUGAAUGGCCUCACUAAGCUAAUCAAUGAAUAUAAAGAGGACCCUAAACUACUGUCAAUGGCAUAUUCAGCUGUUGGAAAACUCUCCAGUCGAAUGCCCCAUUUAUUCACUAAGGAUAUAGCUCUUGUUCAGCAGCUUUUUGAAGCCCUAUGUAAGGAAGAACCUGAGACUCGACUUGCUAUCCAAGAAGCAUUAUCUAUGAUGGUUGGAGCUUAUAGUACUUUGGAAGGAGCACAGCGAACUCUGAUGGAGGCACUUGUGGCUUCAUAUUUGAUAAAGCCUGAAGUUCAAGUUCGACAGGUGGCUGUGAAAUUUGCCAGCACGGUGUUUCCUUCAGAUCAUAUUCCUUCAAGAUAUUUGCUCUUACUAGCUGCAGGAGAUCCACGAGAAGAAGUUCACGGAGAAGCACAGCGAGUAUUAAGGUGUCUUCCUGGUAGAAACAAAAAAGAAAGUGCUUCCAAGCAGAUGCCUUCCUUUCCAGAAAUGGUGUAUUAUAUCCAAGAAAAGGCUUCUCAUCGAAUGAAAACUCCAGUCAAAUACAUGACCGGGACCACUGUCCUUCCGUUUAACCCAGCAGCAUUUGGAGAGAUUGUUCUGUACUUGCGCAUGUGCCUAGCUCAUAGUGCAGGGGUGGUGCCCACUUCUCAGAGUUUGGCUGAUAUGCAAGAUCACGCUCCAGCCAUUGGACGCUACAUACGAACUUUAAUGUCAAGCAGCCAGAUGACAGCUCCAUCAUCUUCUAAUAAGAGUGGAGAAACCAACCCUGUUCAGAUCUACAUUGGCCUGCUUCAGCAGCUGUUAGCAGGUGUUGGAGGUUUGCCAGUCAUGUACUGUCUAUUAGAAGCUGUGUCAGUGUAUCCAGAAAAAUUGGCUGCCAAAUUUGUAGACAAAACAGAAUGGAUAAAGAGUCUGAUGAAUAGCAGUAAAGAAGAAAUGCGUGAAUUGGCAGCAUUGUUUUAUUCUGUGGUCGUAUCAACAGUGUCAGGAAAUGAAUUGAAGUCAAUGAUAGAGCAACUUAUAAAAACUACAAAAGACAAUCAUAGCCCUGAGGUACAGCAUGGAUCCUUGCUUGCAUUGGGAUUCACAGUGGGAAGAUACUUGGCUAAGAAGAAAAUGAGAAUGACUGAGCAGCAAGAACGAGAGGCAGAUGCUGACUUCCUGCCUGAUCAAGAGGAGCUUAUUCAGAGUGCCACGGAAACAAUAGGUUCAUUUUUGGACAGUACGUCACCCCUCUUGGCAAUUGCUGCCUGUACAGCCUUGGGUGAAAUUGGCAGAAAUGGUCCACUCCCAAUCCACAGUGAGGGAUCUGGUUUUACUAAGUUGCAUCUUGUAGAAAGCUUGCUAAAUAGAAUUCCUUCCAGUAAAGAAACAAAUAAGAUGAAAGAACGAGCAAUCCAAACAUUGGGCUAUUUUCCAGUUGGGGACGGGGAUUUUCCUCAUCAGAAACUCCUCUUGCAAGGCCUAAUGGAUUCUGUGGAGGCCAAGCAGAUAGAACUUCAGUUUACUAUUGGUGAAGCCAUUACCAGUGCUGCAAUAGGAACUAGCUCCGUGGCUGCCCGAGAUGCCUGGCUGGUGACAGAAGAAGAAUAUACUCCUCCUGCUGGAGCCAAAGUGAAUGAUGUGGUUCCGUGGGUAUUGGAUAUUAUUUUAAAUAAACAUAUCAUCAGCCCAAACCCACAUGUGAGACAAGCAGCCUGUAUCUGGCUCCUUUCUCUUGUGAGGAAGCUAAGUACACAUAAAGAAGUGAAGUCUCAUCUUAAAGAAAUUCAGAGUGCAUUCGUUUCUGUUCUCUCAGAAAAUGAUGAACUUAGCCAAGAUGUUGCCUCAAAAGGCCUGGGGUUGGUUUAUGAACUGGGUAAUGAGCAGGAUCAACAGGAAUUGGUAUCUACACUUGUAGAAACACUUAUGACUGGCAAAAGAGCUAAGCAUGAAGUUUCUGGAGAGACAGUGGUAUUUCAAGGGGGAGGCCUUGGCAAAACACCUGAUGGCCAGGGCCUUUCUACGUAUAAGGAGCUGUGUUCUUUGGCAAGUGAUCUUAGUCAGCCAGAUCUGGUGUAUAAAUUUAUGAAUCUGGCCAAUCAUCAUGCAAUGUGGAACUCAAGGAAGGGUGCUGCUUUUGGGUUUAAUGUAAUUGCUACCAGAGCUGGAGAACAACUGGCUCCUUUUCUGCCUCAGCUGGUCCCUCGUCUUUAUCGUUACCAGUUUGAUCCCAAUCUUGGCAUUCGACAGGCCAUGACAAGUAUUUGGAAUGCAUUGGUCACUGACAAAUCAAUGGUGGAUAAGUAUUUAAAGGAAAUUCUUCAAGACUUGGUUAAGAACCUUACCAGCAACAUGUGGAGAGUUCGAGAAUCCAGCUGUUUAGCUUUGAAUGAUUUAUUGAGAGGAAGACCCCUAGAUGACAUCAUUGAUAAACUUCCAGAAAUUUGGGAAACACUUUUUAGAGUGCAAGAUGAUAUCAAGGAAUCUGUACGAAAAGCAGCAGAAUUAGCUCUGAAAACUCUGAGCAAGGUUUGUGUGAAAAUGUGUGACCCUGCCAAAGGAGUAGCUGGCCAGAGAACCAUCGCUGUCCUUCUGCCUUGCCUUCUGGACAAAGGAAUGAUGAGUCCUGUGACAGAAGUUCGAGCUCUCAGCAUUAACACCCUUGUGAAGAUCAGCAAAAGUGCAGGAGCCAUGCUGAAACCACAUGCACCAAAACUCAUUCCAGCUUUGCUGGAAUCCUUAAGUGUACUGGAGCCCCAAGUUCUCAAUUAUUUGAGCCUCCGGGCUACAGAUCAAGAAAAGGCUGCGAUGGAUAGUGCUCGACUCAGUGCUGCCAGAUCGUCUCCCAUGAUGGAAACAAUCAACAUGUGCCUGCAAUAUCUUGAUGUGUCGGUGCUGGGCGAACUAGUUCCAAGGUUAUGUGAACUGAUCAGAAGUGGUGUAGGUCUUGGAACUAAGGGAGGCUGUGCCAGUGUCAUCGUGUCUUUAACUACUCAGUGUCCCCAGGACCUAACACCUUAUUCAGGUAAACUUAUGAGUGCUUUGCUUAGUGGUCUGACAGACCGGAACAGUGUGAUUCAAAAAUCCUGUGCAUUUGCCAUGGGCCAUUUAGUUCGGACCUCACGGGACAGCAGCACUGAAAAACUGCUGCAGAAGCUCAGUGGCUGGUACAUGGAGAAAGAAGAACCUCUCUAUAAGACCUCCUGUGCUCUGACUAUUCAUGCCAUUGGACGAUACAGCCCUGAUGUCCUGAAGAACCAUGCCAAAGAAGUUCUGCCCUUGGCAUUUCUAGGCAUGCAUGAAAUUGCUGAUGAGGAGAAAUCUGAAAAAGAAGAAUGUAACUUGUGGACUGAAGUGUGGCAGGAAAAUGUACCUGGUUCCUUUGGAGGCAUUCGAUUAUACCUGCAGGAGUUGAUCACCAUUACACAGAAGGCUUUACAGUCUCAGUCCUGGAAAAUGAAAGCCCAGGGUGCAAUUGCCAUGGCAUCGAUAGCAAAACAAACCAGCUCUUUGGUACCUCCCUAUCUGGGAAUGAUUCUGAGUGCACUGCUUCAAGGCCUGGCUGGGAGAACAUGGGCAGGAAAGGAAGAACUACUGAAAGCCAUUGCCUGUGUGGUGACAGCUUGCAGUGCAGAACUGCAAAAGUCUGUGCCCAAUCAACCCAGCACAAAUGAAAUUCUUCAGGCUGUUUUGAAGGAGUGUUGUAAAGAGAAUCUGAAAUACAAGAUUGUAGCAAUCAGCUGUGCAGCUGAUGUCUUGAAGGCCACCAAAGAAGACAGGUUCCAGGAGUUUUCUGACAUUGUCAUACCUCUCAUCAAGAAGAACUCACUUGAAAGCAUGGGGGUUCGGACAACUAAAACUGAAGAUGAAAAUGAGAAGGAAAGGGAGCUGCAGCUGGAGUCUCUGCUGGGUGCCUUCGAGAGCCUGGGCAAAGCCUGGCCUCGGAACGUGGAAACCCAACGUUGUUAUCGUCAGGAACUGUGCAAGUUGAUGUGUGAACGACUAAGACUCAGCACAUGGAAAGUGCAGUUAGGCAUCCUGCAGUCAAUGAAUGCCUUUUUUCAGGGGUUAAUGCUUUUGGAAGAAGAACACGCGGAUCCUGAGGCUCUGGCUGAAAUUCUCCUUGACACAUGUAAAUCAGUCACAUAUUCUUUAGAAAAUAAGACCUACUCAUCUGUGAGAACAGAAGCUUUAUCUGUGAUAGAAUUACUGCUUAAAAAACUUGAAGAAUCUAAACAGUGGGAAAGUUUGACAUCUGAAUGCAGAAUGCUCCUGAUUGAGUCUUUGGCCACUAUGGAGACAGACAGCAGACCUGAGCUGCAGGAGAAAGCAUCAUUACUGAAGAAAACACUUGAAAAUCUGGAGUAAAUGAGAAGGGGAAGAAUCAAACAAGUGCCAUGUUUAUUGGGGGUUGAAAUGGUGGAUUUUCUUUAAAAAAAACCAAGUGGGGAAAAGUAAAGAUUAAUCUGUAGCAUGCAUCAUUCCUUGGCUGAAAUAAAAAAAAAAAGCCUUAAA